AACUUUACUGUUACGCGUUCAAGAUAAUUGGAGUCACAAGUGACACAAAAGAUUUAUACUAUUUGCAUAUUUCUUAAAAUUCCGCGUAUCCUGCAUAUUGAGAAUUCAGAUUAUUUAAUCUUAGCAUAUCGAAAUAUGUUAGUUGAGGUAGUUCUGCCAUCUACGUAAAUUAAACUGUUGCAUCAGAAUUUUGUAUAUGAAAGUUUUAGUAUUCAGUUAAAUGUCACAAAAAAUGAGAAGUCCAUUUACCGGUUAUUUGAAAGAAUAAUUAAAUGUAGAAAGUUGACUUUUUUAUAUGGGACCUUAUGACCGGAAUCAUUGGCAUUUUUUUGUUCAUAAUUUAAAUACUUAGAUCAAAGAUAGUGGAAAUAUAAAAAGCAUCUUGUGGUUGUUAAACGUUACGGAUAAAAAAAGUGGAAUUACCGGACAUUUCAAAGCAUAAAUCACAUUAUCGAGAGGAGACGAUAAUGAGUUGACAAGGAACGGCUCGCUUGGAAUGACGUCACUCUGAACAUGGCGCAAAAGCUUGGCAACAGUGCAUUAUGCGACAUAGCUAUGUUGAGAAUGGAGUAAAUUUAGUUAGUACGAAUAAGGAGGGUGAGUGUCGCUGUACAGGUUGACUGACCCUGUGCAGAGCGAGCGCGGCAUGCGAAGCGUCGGUACAAAGUGAGAUACAAUUCGGCGCUCUCUCAAGAAGGCACGCGGCACCAAGAGCUUAGCCGGAUUUAUCAAUGUCAUGGUUGCCGCCACUGGCAGAGAAAAAGAAAGUGCCAAUUAAGGAAGUGUCUUUGAAAUCAAAUAAUGUUUGGGCAUGUCCACGGCUUCCAAUUGUUACUCGCUAUAGUUUCAAAAGGGAUAAUGGUAUGUUAUGGAACACAUCCAUUCCUGAUGAGAUGGGUUUGCAUCUUUUUGAUUUUGUAAAAGAAAAUGAAACUGCACCAAGUGCAAGCAGUUCUGCUACAGUGACUACUGAACAAGAAACAGUAACAAAAUCAAACAACAACAAAGCAUGUUUUCAGAAUAUAAAGUUAUCCAAGCAGUUUGAAAUAAAAAACUUAAAGACAGCUAUGGAUAUUAACGUUAACAAGAGAGACAAUUCUACUGUUCACACAGAAAACUAUAAUAAUACUUAUGUACAAAAUUUGUCUCCACCAUUGUAUUUGACUCCAAAUAAGAAACUGAUUGAAACUACGAAGAUCUCCAAUAAUGAAAAGUCGUGUGCUGAAACUGAUGGUUCACAAACUUGGAAGCGUAAUAAAGCAAUGCAUUAUUGUCCAUACUGUAAGAAGAGUUUUGAUCGACCAUGGGUAUUGAAAGGACACCUUCGCCUUCAUACUGGCGAAAGACCUUUUGAAUGUCCUGUAUGUCACAAAUCAUUUGCUGAUCGGUCUAACCUGCGUGCUCACCAACGUACAAGGAACCAUCAUCAAUGGCAAUGGCGUUGCGGAGUAUGUUUUAAAGCAUUUUCUCAAAGACGUUACUUAGAACGUCAUUGUCCUGAAGCCUGUCGUAAAUACAGAAUAUCACAAAGAAGAGAUCAAAGUUUUAAUUGAAUAUAAACUGCUGUUUUUAACAGUACUGCAAUUUUUAAAUCAAACUUCUAAAUUAUUCACUUUAUUGAGUUUAUAUAAAAUUAAGUAUAAGUAUAAAGUCUAAUAAAUAAAUACUAUAUACACAAAUGUAUUAGAUUUAAGUGUAAUUCUAUUAAAUAAUGUUCAUAUUA